AUUUAAUCGAGGCUCAGCAAGUUUGGCCUCGAAACUGAACCCAGCUGGCUGCCUUGGCCAUUUUCUGUUCAGUUGAAAAUGUGGUCUACGUUUUUUGUGGCUGAUGAAGAGGGCCGUGCGAUGGGCCCGGGGGCAGCAGGGACGGCUGGAGGCGGUGCAGCGGGAGGACCAGCUCAGGGUGCUGGAGGUCUGGCCGGCCUGAUGAGCGGACGCAGUACGUUCGGUGGAAACAAACGCCGCCGGACGACGUCGACGGGACACGCCAUGAGCGAGGCCCAGGAGGGAAAGAUCAAACUGGCGUUCUUCGUGGCCAUCGUGGGUGUGGUCCUGACGGUCCUCGGGGUCGGUACAGAGUUCUGGGUGGAGCUGGCACCGCCGAAGAGUUUCUACAACAACCAGACGUGUCUGACAGCUCACUAUGGCCUGUGGAAGGGCUGCACCAAGACCCUGUGGGUGGCUGAUAUCGACCCAGAGAGGGAGAGCUGUGGACCCGCUGAACUGCCCGGAGAAACAAACUGCACCUACUUCAAGUUUUUCACCACCGGAGAAAACGCUGUGAUGUUUCAGAAGACAACACAAAAAAACCUGAAUGUGGCAGCGGCCAUGUUGGCCAUGUUCAGCCUGUUCCUGAUGGUGAUGGGAGCCAUCUGCAUCACCAUGUCUCUCAGUAAAGAGAUCCUCUUCUUCCUCAAGCCAGCAUCCGUCUGCUUCAUCCUGUCAGGUGUCCUGGUGCUCCUGUCCCUCAUGGUCUUCCACCAGUCCGUCCUGGCGCUCCUGGCCAGCGACCACACGGUUCCCCUCCACCACGAGCUCUCCUGGUCGGUGUCGUGCAUCGGCUGUGCGGGGGCCGUCCUCAUCGUGGGUGGGAUCCUCUUCCUGCUGCUGGCGCUGCCCUACAGCCCCUGGCAGAAGUGCCUCCCUCACAAGGACAGCGGCAGCUAGUGGCCCGGAGGCGACGGUGCGCUUUAUCUGCCCCGCCCAGGAGGAGGGGAGGGUGCAGAGAGGUGAGGAUGUUUCCCAGACGUGUCUCAGCAGAGAGAUUGCUUUUUUUUAAUGACGACCUCAAGGAAUUACAAGCCCGCUAAUGGGAGAGUUGCUGGCAUUUAUUUGGCAUCCUGCGCUUUAAUUACUGCACUGAGCAAAGACACGACACACACCCGUCGCUGUUCAGUGCAGUAAUGUUAUUUAGGAUAAAAUACCUUCUGGUUCUGGAUCCCCCAGUGUUUGAUCAGUACAUUUUCAUUUCAAGUCUCAUACUUCUAAUAAUGUUGAAGUUUAUUUCUGUCAGUGCAUAUGGAAACAGCCCCGAUGCCAAAUGAAAAUAAAAUGCACUUUCAUAUAAGAUGGCGAUCUUAAUGCUCAGAUGUGUGUGGGAAACACUUCUGUAUUGUCUUACUAAUUAACCGGCAGGGUUUGGAGGCAAUUAACUGGAAAUUAAUUGAAUAAAUUAGCAAUCAUUGAUAAGAAAAUGUAUCAUUCACUACAGUCCUGUGCAUAAAAACUGUUUUCUUCUAACUAUUACCUAUUUCAGUCCCAGAAAAACCCACUGUCCAGCAAUACUGAACAGAAACACUAGAUUAAAUGGUGCAGCAGCCUAAACUUCACAAAGUGAGUCAAGUCUCUGGUUGGAAUGUCAGUUUAAUGAAACAUGUACCUACCCUCAUUUAUCACCAGUAACUAAUUUAUGCUUGUUUUCAUGGAAUAUCUGUGAACUGAAUGUGCAGACAGGAGGGUCAUUCCAGAUAAAAUCUACCAAAUCUGAAAAAAGUUCCCACCUGAACAGAUAUUUAAUAAAAUUACACAAAAGUUUCCAGUCUUACUGUGAAUAUUUUCCAAGUUAGAGGCCCUUGAAGUACAUAGAUUCAGGUAGAAAUGUCAUGCUUUUAAACUGGUGUUAUUUUUUACAUCUUAAAAAUUGCAUUUUGAGGACUCUAAGCAUGAUAAAUACGAGAGACAGACGCAUUAGAGUUCUGUUAAACACUGCUACCAAGCUAAUAUUACAUCCACUCCAGGUGCCACAAUCUAGAGACAAAAAUCUCGUUUUUCUUCUAUAACCAACUUUGACCAUCAGCAUCAUGGAUUAUAUCUUCAUUCAGAGAAGGUUGUUGCUAGAGGUACAGACCCGUACCCGUAGCCUGUGGACUACGGAUACGGCACUUUCCAUUUGCCAAUCAGAUACGCGAGAUCUGGUCACGUGACUCCCGGUAGACGUUAGCGGUACGGAUCCGUAGCAUCGGUACUACAGGUACGGACCCUAAACCUGACCCUAACACUAACCCUAACCUUAACCUUUGCUUACCU